CAUGAAGUGUUCAUCUAAUCCCGAUAUCUCGGCGGUAGCUACUCAAGACAAUGACCGACAAAUUAAAUUACGAAAACGUAAACAGCCAGAAUCCGAAAUUCUUGGAUCUGUUGUGGACAUGGUCGAAAAUAAAAUAAAAGAGGAGUUGUAUGCCUGGAAAAGCCGGUUAGAUGAAUCCAUAGCCGAGUCAAUUAAGAAUGCAGUAAAUACUACGAUUGACACCCAAGUGGCUAAAUUGACAUCCUCUAUAACUGAAUCUCUCCAAAAUAUAUCUUCAAGAUUAAGUGACAUUGAAAAGUCCUUGAACCAUGUCAGUGAAGGACAUGACAGUCUUGAAAGUCGUGUGAAAUCGUUAGAGGAAUGUAUAUUACAUGAGGACAGCACGCAACAUCAAAUGGCAGCCCUUGAAAACAAAAUAGAUCAGAUGGAGCAACAAGCCCGGCAAUGUAAUAUUGAAAUCGCAAAUCUACCUGAGCGUCGAGAUGAAAACAUCAUAUUUCUAUUAGAUAAGAUUGGUGCUGUCAUCAAACACCCUAUCAAACCUGUGGAUGUAAUUUCAGCCCAUCGUGUGCCUCAUAUGGAUAAAAAAAAUGCUCACCCAAAGAAUCUAGUUGUCAAAUUUGUAUCUAAAAUACUGCGUGAUAAUAUAAUAAUUGCCGCGCGUGCCAUGAAAGGAAUUAAGUCGGACCAAUUAUCGAUAACAGGGACUCCUCGUAAUAUUUAUAUAAACGAGCAUCUAACUCCAAAAAAUAAGUACAUAUUUCGUGCGAGUCGUGAAGCUGGCAAAAAACAUGGUUUUAAACAUAUUUGGGUCAAACAUGGCACAAUCCUUGCUCGACAAACUGACUCAUCGCCUAUUUUCGCCAUUCGUAAUGAAAGUGACAUUAACAAGAUCAAAUCCUGAACUGUAUGUGUUUUGUUUUUAUAUUUAUAUACUUAUACUUAUAUUAUUGCAAAAUUGUGCGGAAAUAAUGAUCAAUUGUCAAAAGUUAUAUGUCUUCGUAUAUCUUGUCUUACACAAAUGUAGUGUGUAUUACAAAAAAAUACAUUCCUUAUUAUGUAUCUAUAGCAAAAAAUAUAUACUGAACAUAAGCUAUA